CAAACAUGUCAGUCACAUCAGCGUGGUCUACACUUCUCCUCUUUGACCAACCCAAAAAACCUUGAGAGAUGGCACCCAAGAAAGCCAAGAGGAGGCAGCAGGCAGAGGGCGGCAGCUCCAAUGUGUUCUCCAUGUUUGAGCAGAGCCAAAUCCAGGAAUACAAGGAGGCUUUCACAAUCAUUGACCAGAACAGGGACGGUAUUAUCAGCAAGGACGAUCUGAGAGACGUGCUGGCCUCCAUGGGUCAGUUGAACGUGAAGAAUGAGGAGCUGGAAGCCAUGGUCAAAGAGGCCAGCGGCCCCAUCAACUUCACCGUCUUCCUCACCAUGUUUGGCGAGAAGCUGAAGGGUGCUGAUCCUGAGGACGUUAUUGUGAGCGCUUUCAAAGUCCUGGAUCCUGAGGCUACCGGCGCCAUCAAGAAGGAAUUCCUAGAGGAGCUCCUGACCACCCAGUGCGACAGGUUUACCGCUGAGGAGAUGACCAACCUCUGGGCUGCCUUCCCUCCAGAUGUGGCUGGCAACGUAGACUACAAGAACAUCUGCUACGUCAUCACACACGGAGAGGAGAAAGAGGAGGAAUAAAAUCACUCUGUCUACCAUCAUUCAUCUCUACCUCAUUACCACCUCACCAACUGUCAUUACUGCCGCUUCACGGCGCACCCGCAUUCUCGUUCUUCCCACAGUCCAUCUGAUCUUUUUAAGAAAGACUUAAAUGCUAAACUGGAGGACCGUUGGAGUUUGGGUAGUCUAAAUGUGAGCUGCAUGGAGCACAUGGGAUUAUAUUGAAAUAAACUAAUCAAAAAUAAUCAAAUCACAAUAAAUCCGUUCUCUCUGCCAGUACAUUUCCGUUAAAAAAAUCUAAAUAUAAAAAAAGAAGGGGAGAUAUUAAAAGAGAAGGUAUGCCUCUAUAAUAGAGCAUCGCUUUCUCUCUCCAUACCUCCCACUUGUUUUCUUGGAGAGACAGAAGGAAGCAAGGAAGGAAGAAAGAAAGUAACGAAGAAAGAAACAAAGAAAGAAACAAAGGAAGGAAGGUUGUUGAGAAUAGGGAAAAGACACAGAGGAAGACAAGUAGAGGAUGAGAAAAAGAAACAAAAGAAAAUUUUUUAGUUUUUACUUUUCCUAGCUUGUUACUCUUCCAUUCUGAAGAUUCUUGAUUCGUGUCUCUGUUCCAAACCACCUGUAACUCAAAAGUCAAAUAAAAACCUUUCAUAUUC